AUGAAGAGAAAAUGGGAAGAAAGACUGAAGAAAGUUGAAGAACUAGCAUCUCACUAUGAAAGAAACCCUCUUCUUCCAGUUUACAGACCAAAGCUGUCCAAACCUUUUCAACCAUCCCCUGUUUGGAAAAUAUUUUGUCGGCAGGCUGAAGCUUUUCACUAUGUAAAAACCUGUGAAGAGGAUGUUCAUGUAUUUGCCUUGGAAAAGAACACACAAAAUGGACAGAGGUUUUACCUUGUGACAACAUAUUAUGAGCUUUGGUUUUAUUAUGCCAAAGGUUAUAAAACAAGUCUUAUGCAUUGCUAUGAAGUAAUUCCUGAAAAUGAUGCUUGCAAACUUUAUUUUGAUUUGGAGUUCUACAAACCAGCAAAUCCUGGAGCUGAUGGCAAGAGUAUGGUUGCAAAGUUAAUUGAGCUUGUCAGCCGAAAGCUAGAAGAAUUUUAUGAUGUUAGCUGUUCGGCCAAAGACGUCUUGAAUUUAGAUUCCAGUACUGAUGAAAAAUUUAGUCGACACUUGAUAUUUCUACCCCACAAGACUGUAUUUAAGAAUAAUAUUCAUGUUGGUAACUUUGUGAGAACCAUUUUGCAGCCUGCCGUGGCGUUAAUGGAGAGCAAAGCUGCUGCUCUGAUUCCAGAAGAAGGAGCAGGAUAUGUUUAUCGGUGUCCUGCACCAGCAGGUGGAUUAAAUAGUUCUCUUAGAAACCUCCCAGCACUAGAAGAUGCUUCUAGGAGCUGGCCAUCUGUUGCUCACAAAACAAUGGAAAUUGAAACAUCACACCAGGGAGAAAAUUCUGAGUUUUCCUUCCUAGUAGUAAAUGACAAAGAAGGAGGCAAGCAACUUUUUGUGGAUCUAGGAGUCUAUACAAAGAACAGAAAUUUCCGGGUGUAUAAAUCAUCAAAAGCAGGAAAAAAUGUGAUUCUGAAGAUUGCUGAGGAUAAUAAGUUUGUCCCUAAAUGUGAAAGGAACAUUUCUUUGGAAGAAGCAUACUUUCUUUCCUCUUUGGUCUGCAACGUUGGGUCCAGGGACGACACAAAAAUUCUGAUAUCUGGCUCUUCAGAAGAGGAGAGAAAAAUGUCUGCUUUCUUAAACAGUAAAACCACCAGAACUUUUGUUUUAACAGAUUCCAUCAAAGGUUAUCAGGAUUCACCAUAUCCAGAAAUUGAUUCUUUUGUUCGUUCUUUGGUUAAUAAAGAUGGGGUGCAAGGAGGGAUACGGCAAUGGAAUUAUUUCUCUCUGGAAGAAAUAAUUGUAUAUGAUAUUUCUGGUUACCGUUGGUGUGAAAAUAUUGGGAGAGCUCACAAAAGUAACAAUAUAAUGAUUCUAGUAGAUCUGAAGAAGGAAGUCUGGUAUCAAAAGUGUCACGAUCCAGUCUGCAGAGAGAAAAACUUCAAAUCACAGAGUUUUCCAUUGCCACCUAGGAUAUGUCUCCCUUUUCUUUUCAAAGAGGAAGAAGAACAUAUGCUAAUGGAUGAAAGUGAGAACACAGAAGAAAAAGUAGAACUGCAUUGUAACGGCACAGAUUUGUCAAAAAGCUCACUACUUCAAGAAAACGGCUUGUCUAGAGACUUCCUGUUGUCAGACGCCAUGUGGGACAAUGCAAGUGAUGAUGUCUGGUUCCUGGAAGCUACUGAUGAUGUGGAACUAGCUGAAGCUGCAAACGACGGUGUGAAUGAUGACACAGAAGAAACGCCUGAUGAAGUUCUUUUGGAAGCUUUAAGGAGACAGGGCACUUGUGCUGAAGAACAAAGCUAACCACAGAGACAGCUAAUGUACAAACCCAUACCAGUGAUGCUCACUUUAGUGCAGUGUGCCUUCCAUGAAAGAUACUGCAAUAUAGUUCAAAAACUCUCUUCCUGAUCUGUACAACAGAACUGAAUAACCGCUGUAAAUAACAGAGCCUUGCAACUGGAAUAUCUUAAACAGGGCUGAAAACAUCAGGGAAGAUUACACCAGAGCUGAGCACUACUGGACUGAAAACUCUUCAUUAAUACUACUCCAAGUAGUCUAGCACUUUAAUAGUUACUGCUGAGUGGCUUCCUAUUUUGUUAGCUGUAUGUCUAAAUUUUAUUGAUGAGCUGUGUAAAAUAGAUUUGCUCAGUUCCAGAAGUGGGAAGACUUUAUUUCAUAUACAAAUUUAAUAAAAAGGCUUGUCUAUCGCUAGCUCAACCAAAGUCAGUGUGUUCUCUUUUAAAGUAUACAUUGGUUUCAAAAUUACAUUACUUACAUAGCCCAAGGAGAUGAAAAACCGACAUUCUUAAAACAGAGCACAGGAAAGCUUUGUGAUAUUAACUGGAGUUAGUAUCUUAUUAAUUUUUACUGACACUCUUUGAAUAAGUUCUUAACAGUAGAAAGAUAGUUUCUGAUUAAGUUGCAUUUCUCGUAUGCAUUGAAGCAAAGUACAGCAGUAAUGGUUAGACAUACUUUAAUCACUGUCCAUUCUAAUAACUGUUCCUAAUUAAUUUCAGAAAGUCCAUUAAAAAGCACUUAAUGUUU